AGUCUGGUGGUUUGGAUCCCUCUUCUGUGAGGCAGAAAUGACGAGGUGUAAAAUCUGGAGGUAUUAGGUUCCAAGACAGUGAAAGACUAGGGAGAGGGAUGGCUAGUGAGGUUUAGAUCAUGUUGAGCCCUGCCUUUGUUUUGUGGGAUGUUGGAUAUCCCUUAUACACCUAUGGAUCCAUCUGCAUUAUUGCAUUAAUUAUUUGGCAAGUGAAAAAGAGCCGCCAAAAAUUAAGCUUGGGACCUAACAGGAGCUGUUGCCGGUGUCACCGAAGAGUCCAACAAAAGUCUGGAGAUAGAACAUCAAGAGCUAGGAGAACUUCACAGGAAGAAGCCGAGAAGUUGUGGAAGCUGCUGUUUCUCAUGAAAAGCCAGGGCUGGCUUCCUCAGGAAGGAAGUGUGCGGCGAAUCCUGUGUGUAGACCCCUGCUGCCAAAUCUGCAAUGUUAUGGCUCUGGAGAUUAAGCAAUUGCUGGCAGGUGAGAACAACCAGAUCUCCCUGACUUCACUGGGGCCAUCACAGGGCUCCUCUUGCCUAGAGGCUUUGUCCACGUCUAGUGUGUCUUUUAAGCAUAGUCAGGAUCUGGGCUCCCCGAAAUCCAAAGAGCUUUCACUAGCAUCUGUAACUCCAACACUGUCACAAUUAAUGGAUCAGAAAUCUUUAACCCAGUCAGCUGCCUGGUCAGCUGGUGCAGACAGCGUCCAAGAUUCCUGGGCUGAUCACUUUCAGCGAGGACAGAGAUCUCAAGUCCCAGCUGUGUCCCAGGUCAUGGGAUCUCUGUCUUCAAACUUUGAGAAGCCUGGAAUUCCUCUGAGCCAGCAGGAGAGGAAGAAAAACAACUCCAAAUUUGUCCUGGAGAACCAAGAUCAAUGUCCUGUAUCUGACUCAGGCUAAGUGAAAGCCUUGGAGUGGCACCUGCUGUAGAGGCAGUUCCAGCUUCAGUGGAGUUUGCCAGCUGUUGUCCAGAGAUCUCUGUAGAUCCAGGAAAUCAUACAACAAGCUCCAGAAGUUGGCUUGGAUAACAAGAUGAAGCUGUUUCUGCACUGGAUUAACCCUGAAAUGAAAGAUCGAAGGCAUGAGGAAUCCAUUCUCCUUUCUAAGGCUGAGACAGUGACCCAAGACAGGACAAAAAACAUUGAGAAGAGUCCAACUGUCACCAAAGAUCAUGUGUGGGGAGCUACAACAGAGAAGACAACAGAGGACCCUGAGGCUCAGCCUCCUUCUACUGAGGAGGAAGGCCUGAUCUUCUGUGAUGCCCCCAGUGCCUAAAUAACCUGCUCUAGCAACACUCCCUUCAGUCCAGCCAAUCCUGGGUCCUGUGCCACUCCUACAAAUGCUCCAAACUCUGUCCUCAAAUGACUUGUGCCACUCAACCAGGAAAUCUAUCCCAGGUCUAACUCACCUCAGCAGAAGGCACUGUUUUAUGCAAGAAUACCCAUCACAAGAAAAAGGAGUUCGUAGGUUCCUGAACCUCUGCAUUCCCCUGAAAAAGGCUUUCAUUGCCAUUUCCAUUAACAUGCAGGUGAAGCAGGGCAUUCUCCAAAUAUACUUUGUACCUUUAAGCAAA